GCUGAGACGAGCAGGAUGAAUAGAUGUAUUGAUCUUGCUUCCUAUCGACGACCCACGGUCAUCCCCGUCAGACGGCUACCGUCAUUAUCUGCCUUUCCACACUCCCGUGGACCUGGACGCGCUGGAUUAAUGAUACAAACUGAGGACGAUGAGCCUGUGAAGAUGUUGUGUGGUUGGAAGCGAGAGGUACGAUAUUGAGGGUUGGGAUUGCACCCGAGAUAGAGGACUGUUGCAAUCAUAUCUGCCCCUAACCCUACUACCCAAGUCCUUCACCUCCCCGCCUGACAUCAUUACCAAUCGACCAAAAAAAGUCGCGAUAUCAGCAGCACCCUGUUCGCCGUCUCCGAUUCCAUCUUUCAACCACCCUUCACGACACUAUUACCAGAACCACCACCAUGUUUUCCCGAACGAUCUUCUCAAGGGCAGUGCGCCAAACCGCCUCCCGGUCGAGCGCAUUCGCGGCCGCCCGCCCAACACCCCUCUCCCACCCGGCCCCCGCUACCAGCUUUCUCUUCUCGCUCGCAUCACAGCGCCGCCUGCUCUCCGACGCCGUCCGCCAGGCCAUCGACAAGGCGGUCGCUUCGGCGCCCGUCGUCCUCUUCAUGAAGGGCACGCCCGAGACGCCCCAGUGCGGCUUCUCGCGCGCGAGCAUCCAGGUGCUAGGGCUGCAGGGGGUCGAUCCGAAUAAGUUCGCCGCCUUCAACGUGCUGGAGGACCAAGAGCUACGGCAGGGCAUCAAGGAGUAUUCCGACUGGCCGACCAUUCCCCAGCUGUAUAUCGACAAGGAGUUCGUCGGCGGGUGCGACAUCAUCGUGUCGAUGCACCAGAACGGGGAGCUGGCCAAGCUGUUGGAGGAGAAGGGGGUGGUGCUGAAGGAGGAGGGACAGCAAGCGGAGGGCGAGACGAAGGAAUAGAAGUGCCAACUACUGCAAGCUCAGCGGUUGUGUAUACUAUAUUUACGGAAC